GAUGCAUAUUUCGUAUUAAGCAUUCAGCAAUCACUCCCAUACUUUCUAGUUUUUCCCUCAUUUGUACAACUAUUUACUGCACCGCUCAACUAAAAGCAUUAACAAGACUCCGAAGUUUGACUUAGCAUUCGGCAAGCUCUCUUGCUACUGGUAUUAUAUGGCAUCCAUCGAAGCCAUGGGAUUCAGAUCUUGUACACAAAAUUAGACAACGCCCAUCUAAUAUUGGACCCUUAAAUUGAGUCACAAUGGAGAAAUUCUUUACUUUGUUGGUUGUAGUGAUGUUGGGUCUGGCCAUUAGCACAUUGCAGAUAGUGGAAGCAGCUCAGAAAGCUCCUUGGAGGAUUCACACCCUCUUUUCUGUGGAAUGCAAUAACUACUUUGAUUGGCAAACGGUUGGACUCAUACACAGUUUUAGGAAGGUGAAGCAACCGGGGCACCUUACACGUCUUCUCAGUUGCACUGAUGAGGAGAAGAGAAGUUACAGAGGGAUGCAUCUUGCUCCCACUUUUGAGGUGCCCUCAAUGAGCAGACACCCCACAACUGGUGACUGGUACCCUGCAAUAAAUAAACCUGCUGGUGUUGUACAUUGGCUCAAACAUAGUCCAGAAGCAGAAAAUGUUGACUGGGUUAUCAUCCUGGAUGCAGACAUGAUAAUUCGUGGCCCAAUUAGGCCUUGGAAACUUGGCGCAGAGAAAGGAAGACCUGUUGCUGCCUACUAUGGGUACUUAAAAGGUUGUGACAAUAUUCUGGCUAAACUGCAUACAAAACACCCGGAACUCUGUGACAAAGUUGGUGGACUUUUAGCCAUGCAUAUAGAUGACCUGCGAGCUUUGGCUCCCAUGUGGCUUUCAAAAACAGAAGAAGUGAGGCAAGAUAGGGCUCACUGGGGAGUAAACAUAACUGGUGAUAUAUAUGAGAAAGGAUGGAUCAGUGAGAUGUAUGGGUACUCUUUCGGUGCUGCUGAAGUUGGGCUCCGGCACAAGAUCAAUCAGAACUUGAUGAUCUACCCAGGUUAUACUCCUCGGGAGGGAACUGAGCCAAUUCUUCUUCAUUAUGGGCUUCCAUUCAGAGUGGGGAAUUGGUCAUUUAGUAAGGCUGAGCACGACGAGGAUGACAUUGUUUAUAACUGUGGCCAGCUCUUUCCUAAACCUCCUUAUCCCAGGGAGGUAAUGCAGUUGGAAACAGAUCCUAAUCUAAGGCGAGGACUAUUUUUAAGUAUAGAGUGCAUAAACAUUUUGAAUGAAGGUCUUCUGUUACAUCAUGCUGCUAAUGGCUGCCCUAAACCCCCAUGGUCUAAAUACUUGAACUUUUUGAAAAGCAAAGCCUUUGCUGAACUAACUAAGCCGAAAUACGCAACUCCUGCUACUCUAGAAAUGAUGGAGGAUACAGUACAAGAAAAUAUUGAUCAUGAUGCUGCUAGUCCAUAUCCUAAAAUCCAUACUAUUUUUUCCACUGAAUGCACCCCAUACUUUGAUUGGCAGACUGUAGGGCUUAUGCAUAGUUUCCAUUUAAGUGGACAGCCAGGGAAUAUUACUAGACUUCUCAGCUGCUCUGAUACGGACUUAAAGCUAUAUAAGGGGCAUAACUUGGCUCCCACCCAUUAUGUCCCUUCUAUGAGUCAACAUCCGUUAACAGGCGAUUGGUAUCCAGCAAUUAACAAACCAGCUGCAGUCCUCCACUGGCUUAAUCAUGCAAAUAUUGAUGCUGAAUUCAUCGUGAUUCUAGAUGCUGAUAUGAUAAUGAGAGGUCCAGUUACACCAUGGGAAUUCAAAGCUGCCCGCGGCAGACCAGUUUCAACUCCCUAUGACUACCUUAUUGGCUGUGACAAUGAGCUUGCAAAAUUGCAUACUAGCCAUCCUGAGGCUUGUGACAAGGUUGGUGGUGUAAUCAUUAUGCAUAUAGAUGAUCUGAAGAAAUUUGCUUUACUUUGGCUGCAUAAAACUGAGGAGGUUCGGGCUGAUAGAGCUCAUUAUGCCAGAAAUAUAACAGGAGACAUAUAUGAAUCUGGUUGGAUUAGCGAGAUGUACGGCUACUCAUUUGGUGCAGCAGAGUUGAAAUUAAGGCAUACUAUAAACAGAGAGAUAAUGAUAUACCCAGGAUAUGUUCCUGAGGCAAGUGUCAAAUAUAAAAUUUUUCACUACGGAUUACAAUUCAGUGUUGGGAAUUGGAGUUUUGACAAGGCAGAGUGGCGAGAGGUUGACAUGGUCAACAGAUGCUGGGCCCAGUUUCCAGAACCACCAGACCCAUCAACACUUGAUCACGGUGACGAGGAUAGUUUACAGCAAAACCUUCUCAGUAUAGAAUGUGUAAAGACACUGAAUGAUGCAUUGCAUCGGCAUCAUGAAAGAAGGAACUGCCCCAAAGCUGAUUCCUUAUCCACAUCAAGAGAGGACACAAAUCAGGAAAAUGUGAUCUCUAGGAAAUUUGGCGAUUUCAGUGGAAAAUCUGAUACAGAAGGCAAUCAUAUGUCAGCAAAUGAUUCUGAUUCUGAGGAAAUGGCAAGUGUCCAAAAAGAUGGGACAGGGAUACCUAGUUCUUUCAGGUUCUGGGUGUUAUUUUUAUGUGCAUUUUCUGGAUUAGGUUUCUUGGUCGUCAUCUUUGUGGUGCAUUCAGGUUAUAAAAGAAGAGGAACCAAAAUAAAACACCAUAGAAGCAAGAGAAGAAGCUUGUAUCCAGGAUAGAUGACUUGCUUAGCCAAGUUUUCAUAAAUUGAUAGAUUAUGAUUUCAUUCCCACAUGAAAGACCAGAAGACCUCCUGUUUCAAAGUUUUGAGAGUGCUUGUACUAUUUUGUACAACAAAACAUUGAACGAGUGACUCAAUUCUGCGUCUUCAAAGUUAAUCUAGCUGGCGUUAAACUAGGAUUAUCCUACAGAGUAGGGGAGUGAAGUACUGUAUAAUCACAUGGUUUUGUCACAGCAAAGGCAUUUGACGAGAUGUGCCAAAUUCUUUUUGUUAUCAUUGUUGUUUGUUGUAACAUUUUGUAAUAUCUUAUCCCUCUCAACACUUAUUGUAAAGGGCUCGUGCUAAAAUGUUCUUCUACAUCUGAAUUGUGAACCAAUUAUUUUAGAUCUAUUAUUACAACCAUAUGGAAGCAUUCAAUAAGGC